AUGGCAGACUCCUCAUCCCCAUCCAAAACCCCACUGUGCCCUCCACACACCCCCCUGUCGCUCUCGUUCCCCUUCCUGAGGGAGGGGAGCCGCGUGUGGGACAGGAGGCCACCUCAGUCUGGGGGACUGCCCAGUCCGCUGCCGACUAAACGCAACCGAACGUACUCCGCCACGGUCCGGGCCAGGUCGGGGCCAGUGUUCAAGGGCGUUUGCAAGAACUUCUCAAGGUCACAGGGUCAUGGGUUCAUACGCCCUUCCAAUGGAGGAGAGGACAUAUUUGUUCACAUUUCUGAUAUCGAGGGGGAAUAUGUUCCCGUCGAGGGGGAUGAGGUGACGUACAAGGUUUGUCCCAUACCACCCAAAAACCAGAAGAUCCAAGCUGUGGAGGUGGUCAUCACUCACCUCACACCCGGAACCAAGCACGAGACCUGGUCCGGCCAGAUCAUCAGCUCCUGA